AUGACAGAAGAAAUUGAGAGUCACAUAAUGCAGAAGUAUGAAGUAUUAUAGAAAAUGGGAAAAGGAGCUUAUGGAGUAGUUUGGAAAGCCAUAGAUCGAAAAACAAAAUAAAUAGUUGCACUAAAAAAAGUAUUUGAUGCAUUUCAUAAUUCAACUGAUGCUUAACGUACAUUUAGAGAAGUAAUGUUUUUGUAAGAGAUGUUUCAUGAUAAUGUUAUUCGUAUGACAAAUAUUCAUCGUGCAGAUAAUAAUAAAGAUCUGUAUAUAGUAUUUGAUUUUAUGGAAACAGAUCUGCAUGCAGUAAUAAGAGGUGGGAUACUGGAAGAAAUACAUUAAAGGUAACUAUAUAUAUUAAAUUAUAGAUAUAUCAUCUAUUAAAUAUUGAAAGCAUUAAAAUACAUUCAUUCAGCUGAAAUAAUUCAUAGAGAUCUUAAACCAUCAAAUGUAUUACUUGAUGCAGAAUGUAAUGUUAAGGUGGCAGAUUUUGGAUUAGCUAGAAGUCUUUUAAAUUAAGUAGAUGAAACUGCUAUUCUAACAGAAUAUGUGGCAACACGUUGGUAUAGAGCUCCUGAAAUAUUACUUGGAUCUACUUAAUAUACUAAAGCUGUGGAUAUGUGGUCUGUUGGUUGCAUUUUGGGAGAAAUGAUUAAUGGAAAACCUAUUUUCCCAGGAAGUUCAACGCUCAAUUAAAUUGAAAGAGUUCUUGAAGUAAUAGGGAGACCUACUACUUCAGAAUUAGAAAGUGUUUAAGCACCUUUAGCUUCUUAAAUUGUUAAUAAUAUUCCUAAAGGAUAAAGAAUUGGAUUUACUAAUUAUUUUCCAAAAGCUACUCCUCAAGCUUUAGAUUUAAUUCGUAAAUUACUUUCAUUUAAUCCAUCUUAAAGAAUUACUGUUGAAGAAGCUUUAAAACAUCCAUAUGUUGGAGCUUUCCAUCAUGAUAAUUAAGAAAAAACUACUAAUCCAAUUAUUAUUUCCAUGGAUGAUAACAAAAAAUUCAGUAUUAAAGAAUAUAGAGAAGCUUUAUAUAUAGAAAUUACGAAAAAAUAUGAAAAUAAAUAUGAAACAAAAUAUGAAAAUAAAUUCGAAAACUCAUAUAAAAAUAUUGAAUCAAAUUAAUAAGAAAGAAAAAGGACAUAAAGUUUUUAAUAACCAUCAAAAAAAUCUAAUGCUCCACUUAAUACUACUCUUCCUAGUGAAUAACCUAUAAUUAAAUAACAAGAUACUAAUAUUUAACAUGUUUAAUAAAAUUAUCUUAAAGAAUAUCUAUCAAAUUGCAGUAAAGAUUAUUUAGGAUAAUAAUAAUAAAAUAUUAAUAUGAGUAAAGAAUUUAUUAGUGGAUAAUUAUGUAAAGAAAUUAAUAAAGAAAAUUAAAAAUCUAAAAAUGUAGUAGAUGUUUCAUUAAAUAAGAUGGAACGAGAUAAUUCAAUUUCCAAAAAAUAAAUUUUGUCUCCUUGGACUUAACCUAAUCAAAAACCAUAAAUCACAACUUAAUAAUAAAGACCUCCUUCUGUUAGUGUUUAUACUACAUUAAAUUAAGCCUCUUAAAAUUAAUUAAAAUCAUAAAUUCCUUAAUAAUAGAACAAUGUAGCCGUUCCAUAAAAAAGAAUUAGCACCAAAAUGCCAACAAGUGGUACAAGUACAUCUUUUUAUAUUCCUUCUGAAAAAACCAAUUCUAGUUUUAAUUAUGGCAAAAAAAUAUCCAAAGACAAUAGUUUCAUAGGUGAUCACAAUCUAUCUACUUAAUCAAAUAUUCCAUAACCCCAACCAUAAUAAUAAAUGCAUUAAAAAAGUAUUAAUUAUAACUUAUUCAAUUUAGCUAUGAGCAUGAAUUAUUAAACUUAUUUGAUGUAAAAGGGCAUUUCAGAUUAAAGAAGUAAAUAAACCUUAGUUAAUCAUCAAAGAACUUAGUCUCAAUUAGGUGCUAAUAAUAGUGUUUUGAUCAAUAGAUGUAAAGAAUUCCUUUAGAACAUGUAGGCAAUCAAAAAAUGA